CUAUGACAACGGUGUCAGACAAAACAUAUCUCAAAACUGCCAUAAAAUUAAAUAGAGCUACUUCUCUCUGCUACUUCUGCGAUCUAAAUUUCAUUCAACCUAUCAAUAAUUUCACUGAGAGGUCAUUGAAAAAAAAAAAAAAAAAGAAUUAAAUAAACAAAAAUGUAUUUUUAAAUAUGUCCCCAACAUUUUGAACAAAUUUUUUAAAGGAAUCUUUAAUGAACCCUGUAUUUGGCAAUGCUUGAUGUGCGUGAAAUUGGAGAUUGAUGGAAAUUGGCUGUUUCGUAAACAUUAAUUUGGAAAAAGAAAAUUAUUUCGUUCUGCUAAGCCAUGGAAAACCCUUUAAUGAUACUACAAGAAAUACUUAUGAAAACUCAGCAUGUACAACAAGCUGCUAUUGUUGAUGCCAGAAGCAAUAUGGUGAAGGCUUGUUCACUUGGAUUUACGUUGGAUUAUGAAGCACUUGCAAAUUUUCAAUUUGCUUUCAAAAACUCAAUGCUGAUCAGAGAAAGGGGACUGGAAUACAAUAAAAUGCUGUAUACUGUAGUCCGAGCAGAACCGGAUGUAGUUUAUGCAAAAUUGGAUAAAAGAGGGAUUGUCUUGGUAAAAACUAACACAUUCAUUGUUGUAGCUACUUAUAUUGAAGGCAUGUAUCCUAGUGUAUGUGUUGAAGCUGUUGAAAGGUUAGCUGAUUACCUGAAAUUCAAGAAUAAAUGAAGUUCUAAAGAGAUAAAUAAGAAAAAAGAAAAAAAAAAGUAAAACUUUUAAAAAGUAU